AUGCCUUCCGAAUCGAGGGUUGAGAACCCCAUCCUCCACCCCUUCCUUUUCACCUACCAAGUCGGCCAGUUUAUCACCGACAAGAUCAUAUCGCCCAACCUUCCCAGCUCCGACCAACCUCUGGGCAGGCCCAAUGUUGCCAUCAUUGGUGCUGGAAUCACCGGGGUUUCGGCUGCAGCUCAUUGUGUUGGCCAUGGAUUCGACGUCCAGAUCUUUGAAGCUGGAGGCAAGGAGCACCUCGGAGGCAUUUGGAGCAGGGUCAACAACACCUCAAGUCUUCAGAUACACUCCCUGAUGUAUCGGUUUCACCCGUCUGUUCAGUGGGAGCGCGGAUAUCCCGACAGACAACAAAUUCUCAGCCAGCUCAAUCAGCUGUGGAAGAGGUACGGUCUAGACCAGAAGACUCAAUUCAACACCAAGGUCAACAAGGUCUAUCAAGAUGAGAAGGGACGGUGGAUCAUCAACGACCCAUCCAAUGGGAGAUUUGAUGGUCUCAUUGCUGCGGUGGGCACUUGUGGGGAGGCCAAGCGACCGCACAUUCCGGGCAUGGACAAGUUCCGCGGCCAGAUCUACCACUCUAGCGAGCUGACCGGGAAGAACGCCAAGGGAAAGAAGAUUGCCGUCAUCGGUGGAGGAGCCAGCGCUGUCGAGGCACUUGAGUUCGCUGCAGCGGAAGAGGCUUCCAAGAUUUCAAUCCUGGCCCGGAGCGACAAGUGGAUCAUCCCUAGGAAUGCUGUCAUUGACACGCUGUUUGCUUUCAACAUCUUCGGCCAGGAGACCAUUUUCUCAUGGAUCCCAGAGACACUGCUGAAAAAGUUCUUCUACCGCGACCUUGAGGACAUUGCUCCUGCCGACAAGGGUGUGUUCCAGGAUACGCCCAUGGUCAACUCUGAUGUGAUGGACAAGAUCCGCAGCGGCGCAGCUGAAUGGGUCCGUUGCGACAUUGAAGAAAUCCAAGAGAACGGAAUCAAGGUCAAUCGUCGGGCUAAGGGUGUACCCGCAGGCGGUCCUGGUCGUGAGGAUGUUAUCGAGGCGGACCUGAUCGUUCUCGCUACAGGCUUCUCGCGGCCCUCGCUGUCCUUCCUCCCGCAGAACAGCUUCGAGGAGCCGUACGGCGCACCCAACUGGUACCUGCAGACCUUCCCACCAACACACCCGUCCGUCUCCGCCAUCAACUGCACCUACCUGGCCGGAAUAGGCUCUGUCGGCAACUGGCAUAUUGGCAUAUACACGCGCAUCCUCCUGAUGUUCCUGGUGGACCCGCUCACACGACCGAGUGCCUUCUGGAUGGAGCGCUGGAUCGACAUGACCAAGCUUCUCAAGGCGAACAGCCCGACAGGAGCCUUUGACUUCUUCACGUACCUCGAGCUGGUGUGGUGGUUCACAUUCUGUGUGGUGUUCAACCCGUUCCGAUGGAAGUGGGCGCUCUUUGUGUUCUUCGGCCUGGGCAUCGCCUUGCCUAAGAGGCUGGUAGAGGUUGAGGAUAGGAUCCGGAACGGACUGGGACGGCCGACGAGUGGUCGUACUAAUCAUGACCAGGGGACGAGUUUUUGA